UUGCAAGGGGGACAGCGCCUGCGCAGUGCGGACAGCGGCGCGUGGCAGGAAGCGGAAGCGGAAGCGCAGUGGGCCGGCCAGGCUCAGUCCUGACGUGUCCCUCCCGCAGCCGCAGCGCUCCGCGCUCCCGUCCCCGAGCGCCAUGGGGAUAAAAUUCCUCGAAGUAAUCAAGCCCUUCUGUGUUAUCCUGCCUGAAAUCCAGAAGCCAGAACGGAAGAUUCAGUUUAAGGAAAAGGUACUAUGGACAGCUAUCACGCUCUUCAUCUUCUUAGUAUGUUGUCAGAUUCCCUUAUUUGGUAUAAUGUCAUCAGACUCAGCGGAUCCAUUCUACUGGAUGAGAGUGAUUCUGGCUUCAAAUAGAGGUACAUUGAUGGAGCUGGGCAUUUCCCCUAUUGUCACUUCUGGGCUCAUAAUGCAGCUCUUGGCAGGUGCCAAGAUCAUUGAAGUUGGUGAUACCCCAAAGGACAGAGCUCUCUUCAACGGAGCACAGAAAUUGUUCGGGAUGAUCAUUACCAUCGGUCAGUCUAUUGUCUAUGUAAUGACUGGAAUGUAUGGAGAUCCUGCUGAAAUGGGUGCUGGUAUCUGCUUGCUUAUCACAAUUCAGCUUUUUGUUGCUGGGUUGAUAGUUCUGCUCCUGGAUGAGCUCCUGCAGAAAGGAUAUGGCCUUGGUUCUGGCAUCUCUCUCUUCAUUGCUACCAAUAUCUGUGAGACUAUUGUGUGGAAGGCGUUCAGCCCCACCACAGUGAACACGGGACGAGGCAUGGAAUUUGAGGGUGCCAUCAUUGCUCUGUUCCAUCUUCUGGCUACCCGUACAGACAAAGUCAGAGCUCUUCGUGAGGCCUUUUACCGUCAGAAUCUCCCUAACCUCAUGAAUCUGAUUGCCACCAUCUUCGUGUUUGCAAUAGUAAUUUAUUUCCAGGGUUUCAGAGUGGAUCUUCCUAUUAAAUCUGCUCGCUACCGUGGCCAGUACAACACCUACCCAAUCAAGCUGUUCUAUACUUCAAACAUUCCUAUUAUUCUUCAGUCUGCCCUGGUGUCAAACUUGUACGUCAUCUCCCAGAUGCUUUCUGCACGCUUCAGUGGGAAUUUACUGGUUAGCCUGCUGGGCACUUGGUCUGACACCUCAGCUGGAGGCCCUGCUCGCGCUUAUCCUGUUGGUGGACUUUGUUAUUAUCUGUCACCUCCGGAGUCCUUUUCUUCAGUGUUAGAAGACCCUGUCCAUGCUGUCGUUUAUAUUGUUUUUAUGUUGGGUUCCUGUGCUUUCUUCUCUAAGACAUGGAUUGAAGUCUCUGGCUCCUCUGCCAAAGAUGUUGCCAAACAAUUGAAAGAGCAGCAGAUGGUAAUGCGAGGCCACAGAGAAACCUCAAUGGUACACGAACUAAACAGGUACAUUCCAACAGCUGCUGCAUUUGGUGGCCUCUGUAUUGGUGCCCUCUCUGUGCUGGCAGACUUCCUCGGGGCAAUUGGGUCUGGAACUGGAAUCUUGCUGGCUGUCACCAUCAUUUAUCAGUACUUUGAAAUAUUUGUCAAGGAACAGAGUGAAGUUGGCAGUAUGGGAGCUCUUCUUUUCUAAACCGAGCUUCUCAUGGACCCAGGAGAGAAGGGAACAGCACUCUAAAGUAUCCAGUCAGAUGCAAAGAAGUAACGUAAACUUGAUAAUGUCAUUCUAUAGGAACGCAUCUUUUAAUAACGUUUUUCGAAGCGCAUUCCCUUAUGUUCAAACUUUUCUAGCACCCUGUUUGCAUUUUAUAAAUUGCUGGGGAAAAACGUGCACAAUUUUUUAUUGGGAAUUGUUUUUUAAUUACGUGGUAGGAGAAUCAGCUUUCUGAAUUGGAUUUAGUUCAGUGACCUGUGAAUUUUUUUUUUAUCCCCUCUAAAAAUUAGUAAACCUGAAACCUUUACAGGUUUUAAUAAGUAACUCUGAGUAAGGUUGAAUUUUCAGAAGGGAUUUUUUUUCCCCCCCAUUUAAUUUUUUUGCAGCUCCAUUGCAGUAGUAGUGAGGGAAAACCUCUCCCCCUAAUGCUUGAGAUCCGUAACUACAGUUGUAAGCACAAACAGUGUUUAUUACGAUCAGUUUUGUGAUGUAUUUUUGUUCAAAUAUGGCAGAUUUGAGAGGCACUUGCUUCUUUUCACUCUAAAUAGCAACGCUGUUUCCAGAUGUCUUCUACAGAAGCCAUUGGGACCCCCUUUUUUUUCCAUUGUACCUUAAAAAUGGAGAACUUACAGUAAAAGGCUUUAAUGGACCAGAAUAAUCCUUUAUUUUCCAUUUAAAUUGUCAGUACUAAUUAGGUGCCCAGGACCAAAUGCAAGUAUCUGUGUGUGGGUCUUGUCAGUCUUUUUGAAGUCAGUAUUGGACAACAUGGAAACCAGGAUUGUGUGUGUGUUGUGCCAGCAAUGUGACUCACUGCUUCUGCUCAGAGUGAUGGGACUCUUACAUUCCCAAGAAGCACAGAUGACACCCAGAAGCCCUUGUUAAUGCACUGAGCUCAAAUACCAAAUGCAUGGGAAUUCUGCAAAUUCAGAACGAAAUACACCUGUGUGUAGAAGCGAAGGCCUCGGGGGAAGGAUCACAGCGGGGAGAAUGAACACAAGGAUUGGGAUAAAGCAUCUGAAACGCUCACUGCCAGCUGUUCACUAUUGAACCACACUGCUUUCUGUCAUUCUCCUGAUUGGUUUUGUUUAUCAAGUACGAGCGUGUCGUGGUGCGAUUUGGAUGUGAAAUCAGGGACGGUUAAAGGUCUGACUGGAGAGGGAGGGAGUACGGUGUGGUUCUUUGGGAUUCAAAAUGUCCAAUGUGAUUUUUUUUCUUUUUUUUUGUUUUAUUUGUAAUAAAAAGGACUCCACUUCUGGAUGUGCAGUUCUGGCUGGGCUGGAGCUGGACUUGUAUUUUUGACCAUAUCAUCUGUUCUCACUGGUUGCUGUUUAGGCCAUCAGCUCCCAAGUGUCUGAGCAGCACUUGUUCUAUGCAUCUGUAUUUUUGUUGUCCAGUGCUGGAGUCUUUUGUUACUGAGCAGCUGUGUCCUGGGAGCGGGACCUGCUGAUCAGACAGUGGGUGUUCACAGAACAAUGCCUAAACAAUCUGCUUUAUAAUGAAAUAAAGUACAUCUUUGGAGCUAA